GAAUCCAUAGCUUGUGUAACACAGCCACAGCAGCGUGCAUAUAAUAUUUGAUCACAUACUUCAUCCAGCUUUCACUCUGCAACAGUCCUCCUCAUUCGCACAAUCCAUUCAUCUUUUCUACCCAAACACGUUUUCAUUGUAGUGUACGGUAUAACCAAAAAGUGUAUGCAGUGGCUGCUCUGCCUUUUUGUUAGAAAAAAAUUGUACACGUUCACAUCAUGUCAAACAUCGUCCUUUAUUUCUAUUUUUACCAGAGUGGCAAUUUGGUUCAUUUUCUCCGUGCUGAGGAGUAAGUUAUUAAAAGUGUUCAGAAAAGGUGCAAGGAGGGUUUUCAUUGUACGACCCGACCCUUUCAAGUUGAAGGGCAUACGACCAGAUUAAUCUUCUAGGCAGAAUGAGGUGCAGAGAACAUUCGCUUAGGGACAAGAUUUUUACAUUUUUUAACAGUGUCUCAUCCAUCAUUACAGAUAGGUGAGGGGAAACUAAAGUUAGGUAGCCAAACUAUUAAACCUCUCCGUGGGGCAAAGUAGUUAUUAUUUCCACCUAUACACCAAUAAUAAUUGCAAGACACACAGUUUUACUCUUCUUAAGCAGGAGUGUAAAAAUUAGUCCGCUCGGCAGAAGCUAAUCGGAUUACAAAUCGUCAAGAACAAACGGAUACGACGACAAAAUAAAGGUGGCCGCUAUUGUCGAAAUGUGGGAAAUUCAGUUUCGCGUGGGUUGCUUCGCUAGCCCUGGAGAAUCUGUGGGUGUGGUUGGGAACUGUGCUGAACUUGGAGACUGGCAGCCAAACUCAGCCCUGCUUCUACUCCGAGCUCACGAGUUCGAAAGCCCUGAGAACCCGGAAGUAUGGGCUGGAACAAUUUUAAUUCCCAAGACCAUAAAAGAAGUCCAAUUCCGAUACUUUGUGUGCAUGAGCCUAGACGACCUUAUGGGAAUUCAUGAAAAAGUUAUCGUGAUGCGACGAUGGGAAACCACCCAAGUGCCAAGAAGGAUUAAACAGCAGCACGCAGCUAAGGAUGGCGUGGAUACAUUCGGGGUCUUCGGGCCUGAGGACAGAGCAGUAAAGAUUGAGCAUGGUUGGCUAACGUAUGAAUCUGUUGUCCAGUUUAAAAUUUAUGACAGUCCAAUCCAAUUCUGGAGAAAGAAGUAUAAAAAUGCUCCUAUUCGAAUGAAGAUGGUUGCUGUGAAUUUAAAUCGUCAAAAUUCUGCAUCCGAUUAUAAUGAUAGCAUGGAGUAUCAGGAUUCCUCAUCUGGCAUUGAUAUAUGCCAUGUUGGUUGGCCAAUUAUCGAAGUGGCUGUGAUCAAUGAGGAUAGUUAUCAACUAAGACUUCAGGAACAAUUUGGAACAGUUUUCGAUCCCCGUUACAUGAUGGUUUUCCAGGCUCAGGUUUUGCAGCUGCAUACUGUGGCUUACAUGAUAGAUUUCUAUGUUGAUGGAGAUGGAGAUAUUCCCAAGAGCAUUGGAUUUUGCCAUAUCCUUCCAAGCAAUCUAAAAGCAAUUGGACAAAUGUGUGUGCCCAUAACUUCGUUGAGACAGGAGCCAAUUGGACAAAUUAAUGUUGACUAUUUGGUUGUGAAGCCUAUGCCGACCUGCGCUUGUGAUAUGAGAGUGAGUUAUAGUCGCUAUUGGAAAAAUCAGUGGAAAGGGUUGGACAUUGGACACAGAGGCGCUGGAAAUUCUGUCAGAUCUUUCCAAUCAUGUGCAAAUAUUCGAGAAAACACAAUUGCUUCACUACAAAAGGCAGCAGAACAUGGAGCAGAUUUUGUAGAAUUUGAUGUCCAAUUAUCCAAAGAUUUUGUCCCCGUCUUAUUCCACGAUUUCCAUGUUAGUAUAGGCCUUCAGCAAAAGGCAAAAAAAGGUGGGGAGCUAACAUCGUUACGAAUCCCCGUUAAGGAUCUCACUCUUAAACAACUUCAUGAGCUAAAGGUGCAUUUGGCAGAUUGGACAGCUUUAAAGUUUGUCAAUGAUUUGGACCUUGGUUGCAGGAAGGUGAGCCACGUGAAUGAAAUUCACACGGACGAAGACGAAGACGACGCUCACGACCCAUUUCCUACCUUAAAACACGCCUUGGAAAUUUUGCCAGAUCACGUGGGGUUCAAUGUCGAAGUGAAGUGGACGAUGGAAACAAAGGACGGAAAUUGGGAAUUAGAAAACCCGUUUGAGUUAAAUAUGUAUUUAGAUAUCGUACUAAAAAUUGUUUUGGAGUAUGGGGGCGAACGACGAAUCGUUUUUUCCUGUUUUCACCCGGAUAUAUGCACAAUGAUUCGGUUGAAACAGAACAAAUAUCCCGUCCUCUUCUUGACUCAAGGAGUGACAAGUAAAUAUCCAGAGUACAAAGAUGCACGAACAAAAAAUAUCUCGGUGGCAGUUUAUUAUGCCCUUCAUGCUGGAAUAUUGGGCUUAAACGUCCACACGGAAGAUAUUCUACGUGACCCAUCGCAAAUUAAGGAAAUUGUGGAACAUGGCCUAAUUGCAUUUUGCUGGGGAGAUGAUAAUAACAAUGCAGCAACAAUUCGCUACCUUAAGGAGCUAGGACUUCACGGCGUAAUCUACGAUCGAAUCACAGAUCACAUCCCUCAUACUGAGAAAAAGAGCAUCUUCUUUACGGAACAUCAGGACGAAUUAUUGCAAAUUGCGGUCAUGUCCCCAGAGGCAGAAAUCAGCCCUGACGUUAUAAUUCACCACCAAGUGCCCCCAGAGGAUACGGACUCUGAUGAAACUCCGCCUUCAACACUGCCAGACUCCCCCACUUUCAAAAACGACGACUUGGCGCAAUUCAUAGAGUCAGAGGUUAAUGGUCCAAAUGCGGUCUUAUAGCUCAAUACUUGAUUGAUUUUCGCUACUUUUAGAUAUAUGUCCUUAGUAUUCGGAUUAUUAUUGACCUCUUUGGUUUUUAAUUCCACUACUGCUAUGCUACUAGCGAAACAAGAAACUUUUAAUUUGUUCUCUGUAAUACACGUGUUUAAAAUCUUUCAUCGUCGCUUUUAUGAACGUACGCUAUCUACUGCAAUGCAAAGUCAAAAAGAUUAUAACGUUAAGAAGGAAUUAUGAAUUACCUUAUACCCUCUACAUAUAUAAAAAUUAGACGAUCACGAUCAAUACCCAAAGUAUAUGACUAUUACACAUCAUACAUACAACAUAUAUACAUACGUACUAUAUUUAGGAGUAGUGGCUUGGCUUUGCAUUUAAGUUCUGCAUAGUGCCAUUUAUACGCUAUUUACCGUAAUACUCCAUUCGGUUGCUCAAAUUAAAUAAUUUUGAUAUCAAAAUAAUAGCAUUUAUUCACUGAUGAUACCGCACUUGGUGAAAUAAUAUUUGCAAUAAUUAAUAAAAGCAGUGAGUUCUCAUCGUUUA